AUGCAAGGUCGUCUCAUUGGGCAAGCUUCAACUCGUCGGUGCCACUGCUCUUUUCGUCGCUGCAAAGUACGAAGAGAUCAAUUGCCCAUCUGUUCAGGAGAUUGUCUACAGAGUACCGUCAUGGAAAGGUGGGUCGUACCGCUUCAGACGAUCUUUCAACCCAUGCGCACAACCCGCACCACCGUCGCGUUUUUCACAGAGGGUGCGCUGGCAACAGCAACUGCCAACGAAGACUCCACAAUUCUCCCAAACUGGGGAAAGGCACUUUCUCGGACAGUCGUGCUAUCGAUUAUACUCAACGGCGACUCAUUCUCUGCCAUCGCUGGCAGGGAAACGGUUGGCCAAGAGGCGCACAUCAGCUCAUUGGCCAAAGCCACCGUCAUCGAGAACGCCCUGAAAGCGGGCAUCGGGUGCUCUUGGGGUAGUACCGUAGUAGAUACCAUAGUACUUGGGGCGCAUUCGCAUGCGCUGCACGAGAAGAAGCCGUUUCCCAGCUUGAGGGCACAGAUAGACAUGUACACCGCUGGAAACGAUUGGGGGCGCAAGCUACACUCCAUCCCUGUGUUUCCAGCCCUGGCCAUGGUGGUGUUGUUGAGUGGUUCCAAGUCAUUGGUGUCGUCGUUGUUCGCUAAGAAUCGGACCUUGAGUGCAUCCUCCACCAUCGCACCUUCCACCCUCCCACACACGCCAUCUGCAGACCAACCAGCACGACAAACCUCCUUAGCGCUUCUACGUACGCAAUCUGCCAUCGCGCAUCCAGUCGCUGACCCGCUGCUGGCAGACAGCGGCGAUAUACGGACCCAGACCACAGGGCCUCACAGCCAUCUGAGCACUACAGCCGGUAUGUAUAUCUUCCAGCAUCUCCAGGCGACCGCUUCAGCCCUCUUGUACGCCUGCGAUGGCCGCCUUGCUGUCCGCCAGUGCGCUCGUGGUGGCCUCCCUGCAGGCCAUCCAAGCGGCAGCGGUGACGACGCUCCAACAGCGCCCUACACGAUGCGCCCCUUUCGAACCACUACCAGGACCAUUGAUAUCCCCAUGAUCCUGCAUCACAAGCCAGUUGCUGAUAGGGUCUCUAACCUGCUCGCCGAACCUCGGGUUGCUGGCGCACAACACUACCCGGAGAGCGUCGAGGAGCUCAUUGCGGGCCGACCGCACAACGAUAGACGUUCCGUUGUGGACUACGAUAUGAUGUCGCAGCGAGAUGACUCGAGCAUGAUGGAUGUAUAUCCUAGCACGGAAACUGGUUCGGCGCAUGAUUCCUUGUCGCCCACAAAGCAGGUCCAGCCGAAGCAUAUUAGCUUUGAGCUGUUGCUACCUCAGUCGCCAGCCCACAAGGCACGUCUGCCUAUGCGGGUCAACAUAUAUCCUCAUGAUACUACCGACUCAAUCAUAACAACGGUUAAGAACUUUUAUGGCCUCUAUGAGCGCCGAGGCGUGAUAUUCGAGGACCGUCAUGGCAAUCUCCUGAUUGCAAGGUACGAGAAUUUCGAACAUGGCAUGGUUGUCUACGUGCGAGUCUCUCCUGAAGACCCGGAUGCAGAGGAUUACUCUCCCGAUCCAUGUCAGCAAACGGUGUCGCCGCGUCGUCCUCGUCCUCAUCUAGACGAGGCCUUCCAAAUGCUGCCACCCAUGUCUCACCCCCAAGUGGGUCACAGAGCGGGAUCCCGCGCUGCCCGCCAAAGUCACUCUCCACAGCCCGGCCGUGGGAGAAGGAGUGCGUCAGCCAGCAAGCGCAUGCGGUCUUCUGCAAAGAGUAGAAACAAUAGCUCCCAUGGUAGCUUCGCAGACGCUCAUGGCGACGGCUUCAGCGACAGCGAUGGAGAACACUCUGUCUCUAGUUCGCGUCGUUCACGAAAAGAACCCCUUGCAAGUGCUGAUAUCAGUGUCGACAACAUUGUCGAAGGCGGGCGCCGAAAGCGUGCAAAAUUUGACAGCUCAGAGCUUCCUCUGUUUGUCCCACCUCAAGUGCCCAUGACGGCUUCCAUGUCAUCCGUAUCUCCUCAAAGACGAGUUAGUGGAAACACUGCCGGAUCACCCUACUCUGUCAACCAGCAGACAUUUUCAUACUCGCAUCCGUUGCCUUCCCCACAAAGCUAUGGGAACAACGACGGUGCAUAUAUGCAAGGACUGGUCACCCCAUACUCGACCUCCAGCGGACCAGCACAAGGCUACAGAUCUCGUACUCGAGGCUCGGCACAGCAUGCACACUACCGCCAUUCUGGUGGUGGCAUCUUGCCCACACCAGACACGACGCUUGCGAGCAUUAGUGUCAUUUCUGACGAAGACGUGGCACGCCAACUCAUGCGUCUCGGCGAUGCAUCAAACUUCUCCACUCACGGCCGGACAUCCACAUCAACGCUUGACGACGCAUUGAGUGGUAAGGCCGACGCAGCUUCCUCAAGCGACGACAGCUCGGAUGGUACUGGAGAUGAACAUGAACUACCUCCCCUUCCGUAUAACAUGUCGCGCAUGAACAACCUCCCGCGUGCUUAUGAAGACGCCGAGUCCAGUGGCGAGGACUACGAGGAUGACAGGGAUGGAUCUUUCAAAGGCAUCAGCGACGACAUGGCAUCAGGCGAGCACAGUCAUGAGCGGCUGCAACAUGGUGUUGCCAAAGCCAGGUCCGUGUCAAGCAAGUCAGGCAAACCCAACAAAGCUCGCGCUCACUCCAAGAGCAAGAGCAAGGCCAAUGGGACGAGCAAGCCACCCAUGUCUCCAACCUCACUCCCUUCCCAGUCUCGCAAAGCUUCCAGCGCUUCGCUGAACUUCCAGCACCAACCCGGUGUGGAUGAAGAAGAUCUGUCGAGCAAGCCACGUUGCCAGCGCUGUCGGAAGAGCAAGAAGGGAUGUGAUCGUCAGCGACCUUGCCAGCGCUGCAAAGACGCAGGCAUUCCCGCCGAUGGCUGUGUCAGCGAAGACGAGGGCAACGGCCGGAAAGGUCGCUAUGGACGUCACAUGGGUGUCUCUGUCAAGAAGAAUUCGAUGGCCUCCUCGACGACGUCCAUGGCACCGCCUCCAACACAGGACUAUGGCAUGCCGGCUGAUGGGACGCACUCUGCUCUGAUGAGUGCUUCCACGGACAAGAACAAGAAGCGGAAGAGGUAG